AUGCCUGAGAAGGGAGAGACCCUUGGGCACGUCCAGCUCGAUGAGCACGCGCCGCUGGCAGAGGUGGCUCAGCGCCCGGAGUGCGAAGGCGACGUGCCGUGCUGCCGCGGGCCGCGCUGGCGCUACCUCAUCGCCGCACAGCUCGCCUGCGCCAUGAUUGUCUGCUACGCCGACCGCACAAACAUCGGCAUCGCUGUGCUAGACUUUCCAUCGGUGAAAGGCAACGACUCGAAGCAAGGCUGGAUCCUUGCGUCCUUCUUCUAUGGAUACAUCUGCACUCAGAUCUUCGGUGGCUGGUGGGCGCACAAGGUGGGCGGGAAGAUUGUGCUCCUGUGCGCUGUCUUCGUGUGGACGAUCUUCGACAUCAGCACCGUCUUCACUGAGCCGGUGUAUGGGCUGCUGAUCGCGAGCCGCGUAGGGAUGGGGCUCGGAGAGGGCAUGACGAUGCCUGUGCUGCAUAACCUCGCCAGCCGCUGGUACCCCGAGCACGAGAUCACGCGGCUCGUCAACGUACAGAGCAGUGGGCAGGACCUCGGCAUGAUCCUGGCGCUUUCACUGUCGCCAGUGAUUGGUCACGCCUUGAGCUGGAAGUGGAUUUUCAUCACCUUCGCAAUCUUCUCGGCAGUCUGGCAGGUGCUGUUUCUGAUCUUCGGCAGCAAGGAUCCUGAAUCUCACCCGCUCAUCUCUGAGGAAGAGAAAAGGUAUCUAGUGCGUACGCGCCAGCUGAACCACACUGGGGCCGGAACACGAUGGCCGUGGCGUGUCUGCUUCAAGAAGCGCGCCUUCAUCGCAGUGUUCAUUGCGCACACGUGUGUGAACUACGGCUGGUAUGUCCUGCUGGGCUGGCUGCCCAAAUACUGCCAGAAAGUGCUCAAGACCGAUCUCUACAUGAAGCCGUACGUUUUGACGAUACCGUAUGUAUGUGCUGUCUGUGGUAUCUACGUCAGUGGUGUCCUCUCAGACUAUUUGAUCCGACGAUGGGGCAAGCGCAGUGUCGUGCGCAAGCUGAUGAACAGCAUUGGGCUGCUGCUGCCCGCGGUGUGCCUGGUGAUUCUGAGUGGGGUCCACGACACGACGCACGCGAUCACGGUGCUCUCGAUCGGGCUGUUCUUCUGUCGGUUCGCGCAGAGUGGGUACUGGGUCAACAUCAUUGACCUGAGCCCCAAGUACUGUGGCCAGGUGAUGGGAGUAUCGAACACCAUCGCAACCAUCCCCGGCAUCGUGGGCAACGUCGUCACUGGCGCAGUGCUCAAUGCGACCGGAUCGUGGGCCACAGUUUGGAUCAUCGGUGCCACCGUGUUCACUGUAGGUGGGCUCGCCUAUCUGUUCCUGGGUGACGCGGAGGAGAUCGACAUGGACGCUGAUGAUCAAUCAUCGGCCGAGGGCGACACCCGAACCUUCGCCUAG